AUGAUCGGUGCUACGAGGCGCUGGUUCCGGCGCAAUCGCAAGGGCCUUGCGAUCGGGGCUGGCGUGAUCGGAGCCGGGUACCUCGUGGGACAAUACGUGUUGAACAAGAUCUCCGAAGCGCGAGAGCGUAUGAGCAGUGAUCGAAUUGCCCGAGAGAAUCUACGACGGCGCUUCGAACAGAAUCAGACCGAUUGUACCUACACCAUCCUCGCCCUCUUGCCGACCGCCGCCGAGGACAUCCUAGAGGCCCUUCCCGUAGAAGAUCUGACCAAGAAGCUACAGAAGAAACGCGCGGAGAGGCUGGCUCGCCUCAACGGUGGCGAAGGGACCUCGUCGGAUCUCAGCUCGGUGGCUCCCAGUCUACCCGAGGAGGACGGACGCAGUUUAUCCAGUUUUCAAAGUGACGGCUUUCUUCGCGCCAGUCAACUGGGGGAAUCAACCCUCGAAGGAGAUGGUUCGCCGCGGCCGAAGCGGAACAAGACCCAGCUCUGGAAGGAGGUGAAGAUCACCUCUAUCACUAGAUCAUUCACACUCAUCUACACCCUGUCCCUCCUGACCGUCUUCACCCGAAUUCAACUCAACCUUCUCGGCCGCCGGAACUACCUCUCCAGCGUGAUCUCCUUGGCGAACCCCGCGAGCACGUCGACGAUCCGACUGGAAAAUCAUGACGACGACGACCUGACCCAAACCUUGGGGAAUGAUUUUGAAACCAAUCGGAGAUAUCUCGCCUUCAGCUGGUGGCUCCUGCACCGGGGCUGGAAGGACUUGAUGGGCGAGGUGCAAGAGGCCGUCAAGGAGGUGUUUGGCUCGCUGAAUCCCCGAGAGGAUAUUUCGCUGGCCAAACUAUCUGAAUUGACCCUGCAGAUUCGGAAGAAAUUGGAGGGCCACACGGAGGCGGAUAGAAAGAACCGAAAAUGGCUGUCAUACUUGCUUCCUCCCCCCGAAGAAGAAGAGAGGCUGCUAGAGGAGUCCGGCGUCUUGGGGGUCACGGAGCCGUCGACCGCCCAAACGGCGACUACGCUUCGACAUCUCUUGGAUGAGACGGCCGACCUGAUCGAAUCGCCCAACUUCACCCGCGUCUUGAUGCACCUCAACAACGAGGGUUUCGAGACUCUGAUCCAGCAGUGCACGGCCGACGCGUUCAAGGCGUCACCCAACCAGCCCGAAACGGCACCGCAGUCGUUCACGUCCGUUGCCACGGUGGUUCCCGUGGCCGACAGCUCAGAGCCCAAGACGAAGCUGGCCAACGUGCUGGCCGUGAUGGCCCGACAGGCCCAUGUAAUUGGCAACGGCACCACGCCUCCCAAUCUCUAUCUGGCUGCUAUGGAACAGAACGUUCGCGAGUUGGAAGCGUUCGCGGCCGUGAUCUACAGCUCGAACUUUGAUUUUGAAUUGCUUGGACCCGAGUCCAAAAUUCACCCUAUAGAGAAAGAGAUCAGUGGCUCUGACACGGUUUUUAUUGAGAGGGAUGAUGCCAGUCCGAUUACCGGAGUUGAAAUCCUGGAAGAGUCAUCGACCGUCCAAGUCGGCGAAGAUUCAACGUUCGAGACGGCGUGGGGAAAAGCCUCGAGUGGACCACCCACGGAGGCUAGUUGA